UGCCCUGUGCGUGUAACCAAUGCUUACAGAUGGGGCACGCGUUGUACACGCUCAUGAGAGGUUCACAAUGACAGGAGACCCAGCUGUUGGAUAGCUUGCUUUCAAUCAUUGUCACUGUGGAAUGGAGCAAAGGUCAACAGCUACAUGCAAACAGCAGCAUGUAGCUGUUUAACUGCACUAGACCAUUUGUUCUCAUCCUCGUCCAUUUCACGGACAUGAGAGUCUUGGCAUCGGGCACAAGGAUAGGGUUGGGAGCACACCAAAACCCUGAACCUGACCAGUUGAAUUACUGAACCCAAACAAUUGGGUGUAUCCAUUUUUUUCAUUCCAUUUGUAAGAAACUAGUCUUUUAUGACCAAACAAGCUGCCACAUGGUAGUUUGACAUCAACAACGAUUACACUUGGCACCACAAACCAGCUGUCACAAUGGUGCUGGAUGAUACUGCAGCCAGUGAAGACAGACUGGAAGGGGAACGAGAGGCCCAGAAGCAGCCAAAAUCUGAGGACCUGCGAGGACAGGGAGAGCGGGACGCAGAGAUGGCUGCCUCUGCUUCUGAAGUCCUCUCGCCUGCUGAUGGCCUCCCUGAAACCAGGAACCCCCAGAUUUGGAAGUGGUCCGUCAUAUUCCUGUGCUGCUUUGGGUUUAUGGCAUCGAUAAAGCCCGGGGAGCCCUUCAUAACACCAUACCUGCUCAGUCCUGAGAAGAACUUCACCAGGGAACAGGUGACCAAUGAGAUCACUCCGGUGCUGUCAUACUCCUACAUGGCCGUGCUUGUGCCAACCUUCUUGUUGACAGACUACCUGCGCUACAAGCCGGUGCUGAUCCUCCAGGCCCUCAGCCAGGUGGCCAUCUGGCUCAUCAUGCUCCUUGGCACCACCCUGCUGGAGAUGCAGUUCAUGGAGUUCUUCUACGGCAUCACAAUGGCCUGCCGUGUGGCCUAUUCCUCCUACAUCUUCUCCCUGGUCAGCCCGGGACUCUACCAGCGCGUGGCCAGCUACUCGCGGUCCUCGGUGCUCAUGGGAGUUUUCACCAGCUCGGUACUGGGCCAGCUGUGCAUGUCCCUGGGCAACGUGACCUACUUCACCCUUAACCUCCUGUCGUUGGGCUUCGUCAGCUUCAGCCUGCUCCUCUCCAUCUGCCUGCCUUGGCCCAAGCGCUCCAUGUAUUUCAAUCGGGCGCAGCAGCAAAGGGAGAUGGCGGCCUUAGAAGCCACCAAGGGGGAACUGACCAAAAUUAACCCGGAUGAGGGCAAGUCGUCUUUGCCGCCCCCUCUGAGACCUUGGUCUUCCUGGAAGAAUUCAGUCUUGGUGGAGAUGCUGCUGGAGGUGAAGAAUGUCGUGAGGAGGCCCAACCUGAGGCUGUGGAGCCUGUGGUGGGUGUUCAACUCCACAGGCUACUACCUGGUGCUCUUCUACGUUCACAUCCUAUGGAACAAAGUCUACCCGGCCACUGAGAACAAGAACGUUUACAACGGGGGAGUAGAAGCUGCUUCCACUCUACUGGGUGCGCUGACUUCUUUCGUGGCUGGCUUUGUGAAAAUUCGGUGGAACAUCUGGUCAGAGCUGGUCAUUGCUAUCAUCACAGCCCUGCAGGCGGGUCUGCUGCUCCUCAUGGGCACCACAGAAGACAUCUGGGUCUGCUACAUAGCCUACAUUCUCUUCAGAGGCUUCUACCAGUUCUUGGUGCCUAUUGCCAUUUUCCAGAUUGCCUCGUCCCUCACCAAGGAGCUCUGCGCCUUGGUGUUUGGUAUCAACACUUUCCUGGGGACCAUCCUGAAAACCAUCAUCAACCUGAUCGUGUCUGACAAGACCGGCCUGGGACUGCAAGUCCAUGCUCAGUUUAUCGUGUACUUCUUUUAUUUCGCCCUGCUCACUGUCGUCUAUGUCAUCGGUGCUACUGUGGUUAUCGUCCGUCACUUUCGAAACCAACCCGGGGCAGGAGGCGGGGCCACUGGGCAGGCCGCGCACACCGAGCUUAGUCCCGUGUCAGCAGAUUCAGUCACAGAACCUCUGUCGAACGGCCAAAGCAUCAAAGCUUAAGGACAGGGAAUUGUUACUUGCCUUAGCUUUCUUUGAGUGAGCCCCGAUGUCUGGUAGUAAGUUGAAAGACAAUGUUUAAAGUAUCGCCACCAUUUCAAGCCUGUUGUGAUGUUGAUGGGGAUGGUGGUGAAGUGGUUUCUUCAGUGUUAGUAGGUGAGCCUAAAUCAUUUAAGUGCCUCAUCUGGUACCUAAUGGGCCUUUCCCACUGCACAGUACUGACUCGAACAUGACUCAACUCUUGUCGCUUUUCUUUAGUUUUCCAUUGGGCAAACUUUGGAUAGUACCUGGUACCAUUUUUGGUAUCAUCUCCAUUGAGUUUCCAAGUGCUGAGUUGAUAUGAAAAUAAAAACACUGCAGACAACAAUUGGUCAGAAAGAAAUUGAAGAGGUUCAAUUGAACAGGAAAUGAUACAGCAAGACUCGAAACUUGAAUCGUAGUUGAUAAUAUAUCCAUGUAUAGAUUUUUUUUUUCAGUGAAUCUCUUAGUUAAAUCAUUAUUUACAUGAAGCAGCCAUUUCAAGUUGGUCUUGUUGAAGUUUUUGAAAAUAAGACACUCAUGUGCAGCGCUGGUAAAUAAGGGAGGAAAAACUACUCAUCACACCCACAAACUACCAGCGGAGCUUCACCAUGAGCGAGUACUAUCUGCAGUCGAAAACAAAAUCCAGAAAAGUUAAGUUGAGUAGAGUACAGUCGAGUUGAGCUGGUACCAUGCAGUGGACAAGGGGUAUAAGACUCUUGUAAGGAAGUCGGACCAGCUAAAGAUAUCUUGUUUUUUGUUGUGUUCACUAGUUAUGCUCUUGGAAGAUAUUGUUGUUUGUAAUGAUGAAGUCAUCGAGGACUAGGCCGUGGAGUUAUGGAGGCCCGAGAGCAUACAGGUUUUUCUUCCAGCUGAACGUUACACCAGGCGUCUCACUAUGGUGUUCAUGACAUGAUGCUGAUGCACAGUUUAAAACAGAAGCAAGGAUCCAGGACAGAUAAAGAUCCCAGAAGUUUACUUGCUCGUGGACAAUACAUCAGCUCAUGACUUGAGCAUCUAGACAACAUUGCAAGCCAUGAAAGACACGCUAUGGUUUUUCCAACCCUUAUUCUACCACGGCGUGCCGUGAUUGGCCUAUCAAUGUGGAUGUUUAGGAAUUAGGUUACAGAUUGUUACGCUCCAGCUUAAGUUGGAAAUGGUAAGGUUAAACCAGAGUUAACUGCAGUUAAGGUUAUAGUAAAGGAGAAAGACACUGCCAUACUCCGAUUUUGUGUUUGUUUACCUUUCAAAACAGUCUGGGCUGUUUGGUUGAAACUGUUUGGAAGGUGGCAGUAAUGGGCGUUUACAAAAAUACAUUGCAAGUAAUCGGAUGUACCAUUUGUCUAUCAUUACCUGACUGAAGUUAAACAAACAGGUUUUGAAGCACAUUGUUAGCUUUUUAACAUGUUGGUGCACGAUUCUUAGCUGCUUUUUUUUUUUUUUUUUGUAAGGAAAAUUUGCCUUGUUUCAGUUUCUGAUUCAGUGCACUGUAGCCUCUUACUGUCAUUAUCACCUAAGCCAUGCCUGCAGUUCCUCAAAGGGAGCUGACUGAUUUGGCAAUUUUCUGGCUUCUGAUGAUGGUUUGGUUGGAGCUUGGCCAGAAGGUUUUGUGAGUCAAACCAAGAUCAACUUGGAAGCUCGGCCAGGUAUGCAAGGAUAGUGGAAUAUGGGUAGGAAAAACGACGUGUUUGAGACUGCUGGGGAAAUGGAUAGCUGUCUUAACGGACCUCAUGCUUGACAGAAAGCGCACUGCUCAGCUGAAGCUGUAAAGUCUCUCUUAAAGAAAUCUUGUGAAAAUUGUUCCAUGAUAACACUGGCAUUUUUUGAUUUGAUAUGCCAUAGUAUUAGACCGUCAUUGAAAAUGGAUGGAUAAGUUCGUAAAAAUUUCCUGUUUUAGUCUCUGGUUUAAAUGAAAACCUGCAUACUCUCGGCCCUUCAUGGCACAUGGUUGCCUUACACUGGACUAAUGUGAUAUUGUGCAAACUUUUAAGAGCAAAAUGCUAAGUGAUACCAUGCUUUUGUAUAGUGAUAAAUCAUUGCUAAAUCAGGGACCAUUAUGCAAUGGUCAGAAUUUUGCUGCAGUUUUUUUUUUUUUUUUUUUUUUUUUUUUUUCACCUACAGAUACAGUGGUGGACAAAAGU